GUUUUAUUUUACAUUUAUAACUCGUUCGGAGUGAAAUAGAGUAAGUCAAAAUGUGGACGCCGAUUAAAAUUGUAUUUGUUGGGAUUUGUGUGAGUGAAGUGUAUGGGAGAAGAGUUGAUAAUGCAACGCGCGGGGAGAAUGUUGGGAAACCAACACCAUGCCACUACAGUGAUCCGAAUGUAGCCGAGUGCAUCCAACGCAUGGCGGAGCAAGCGCGCCAUCUGCUGGCGCAAGGGGUUCCAAGCCUGAACAUCCAGGCUCUGGAACCGCUGAAGGUCCCCAGCAUCAGGCUACGGCAGCACAACAUGCCGAAGAACAAGUUCAAAUAUGACGCGUGGCUGUCCGAUAUCAUGCUGAGGGGACUGACGAAUUACACCUUCAAUAAUUUGGACGUAUACCCCGAAGACCUCAGAGUAACCGCAAACAUAAGUCUUCCGAGAUUGGAGAUGACAGGCGACUACGUGGUGCUGGGCGAAUUCCAGAUGCUUCCAGUGGAGUCCACUGGAAAACUCUCAGCCAAUUUCACAACAUGUACAGCUGCUUUAGAAGCUUUGGGUGCUCGGGUCCACAAGCGGAUGGUCAUCAGGGAUGCUACGGUACACCUGCGCUGCUUGGGCGAUCUGAAGGCCAGCCUUGAUGAUGCGCAUUCUACGACAGACAAAAUGGAGAUGAUAACAGACCACAUAGCUGCUAUGCACUCAGAGGAUAUCAUCAAGGAGAUCCAGCCAGCCGUGGAGACCUCUCUGGCGAUGGUGCUGGAAGACGUGGCCAACAAGUUCCUCAAGCACAUACCCUCGGAAAUGGUCUUCCCGAACUAAGGAUAUUUUAAACGCAUUUAAAUCAUUAGCAUCAUAAUUUAGCCACAGGACGUCCACUGCUGAACCUAGUGCAUUUAAAUACAAAAACCGAUUACUUAUACAGGCUGCUUCUUUGAUAGGUGCUUAACCAAAAGGAUUGAUUCUACUACUAAUAUUAUUUGUUUUUGACGAAGUGUAUAAAAGUUGUUAAUGAGUAUUGAGUAUAGAAUAUAAUCAACAUAAUAUGUAGCUAUUAAAUGUAAUUGUAAACAUUAUUACUAAUUUUCAGUCCAAUGUGGAAGAAAGUGGUAACUACUUUAUUUAUUGUUAUUAAAUGUUGAACAUUCUUGUAUAAAAUAAUGUAACUUAUUG